AUGACGGUAGCUGCGAGAGGUGCCAGUUCCACCUCUGGGGGCCCCCUGCUGAGGCUGCCAUUGAGGCAAGGCGCCAAACCCCCAACUGGCCCCGGACCGACUGGCCUGACUCUCCAUGUGCCGUGUGUGCACGAGUAUAUACCCUGUGUGAUAUUUCUUUGGUCUCAAUUCAGGAUUUUUCGUGAGUUCAGUGAUGCACCGCUAUUUAAAUUCUGGAUUGGAACACUUCCAUGUGUGUUUUUGUUUCAUGCUGAGAAUGUUGAGACCGUUCUGACCAAUGCGGUUCAUAUGGAGAAAUCCUAUGCAUACACCUUCCUUCACCCUUGGCUUGGAACUGGACUUCUUACUAGCACUGGCCCUAAGUGGCGUCAGCGGCGGAAGAUGUUGACUCCCACCUUCCACUUCUCCAUCCUGACAGAGUUCUUGGAAGUGAUGAACGAGCAGGCGGAGAUCCUGGUGGAGAAGCUGGAGAAGCAGGCGGGGAAGGGUCCAUUUAACUGCUUUAAUCACAUUACCCUGUGUGCCCUGGACAUUAUAUGUGAAACCGCAAUGGGAAAGAAGAUUCACGCCCAGAGUAAUUCUGACUCAGAAUAUGUUAAGAGUGUGUACAAGAUGAGUGACAUUAUCAGCCGCAGACAGAGGACACCUUGGUUUUGGCCUAACUUUGUGUACAAUUACUUUGGUGACGGACGGGAGCAUGACAGGACACUCAAGGUCCUGCACUCCUUUACAAACAAAGUGAUACAUGAAAGAUCUGAAAAAAUGUCCCAUAUUGAAUCAGAUAACGACUCUGACAAUGGCACAAAGAGAAGAAAAGCAUUUCUGGACAUGCUCUUGAUGACCACCGAUGAAGAUGGCAACAGGAUGAACAAUCAGGAAAUUCAGGAGGAAGUGGACACCUUUAUGUUUGAGGGCCAUGACACUACAGCAGCCUCCAUGAACUGGGUCGUGCAUCUGCUGGGUGCCCACCCCGAGGCGCACAGCCGAGUUCAACAAGAGCUCCAGGAGGUGUUCGGUACAUCUAACCGGCCUGCUAACAUAGAGGACCUGAAGAAGCUCAAAUACCUGGAGUGUGUGAUCAAGGAGGCCCUGCGACUGUUUCCCUCUGUGCCUUUCUUUGCCCGCAACAUUGGUGAAGACUGCCAUAUCAAUGGUUUCAAGGUGCCCAAAGGUGCAAAUGCCAUCGUUUUGACCUACGCUCUCCACCGUGACCGGCGCUACUUCCCUGAGCCCGAGGAGUUCAGGCCUGAGCGCUUCCUGCCUGAGAAUGCAGUGGGACGGCCUCCGUAUGCGUACAUCCCCUUCUCCGCUGGACUCCGUAACUGUAUCGGUCAGCGUUUCGCUCUCAUGGAGGAAAAGGUGGUCUUGGCAGCCAUCCUGCGUAACUUUAGUGUUGAAGCUUGUCAGAAACGUGAAGAUCUACGGCCAUUAGGAGAGCUCAUCCUGCGACCAGAGAAGGGCAUCAUUAUUCAACUGGAAAAGAGAAUUUUAUCAAACUAGCACCUGCUCAGGUUGACAGAAGAUAUUGAGAUUUUUAUGGAUUUUUAUUUAUUUAUUUAUUUAAAUGGUCUUAGAGUGGUCAGGUGGAGUUGUGAUCUUGGUGUUUGGAUUUUACAACCUUCUCAUCAUUAUAGUCUUCAUAAUUACAAAAAACUAAGCUUCUUGACGAUAAAUGAAGACUGUUGAUUGUUUUCUUUCCUUGAAUAAGCUACAUAAUGCACAACUCUAACUCAACAACAACCACAACCAAGAAUGUAAAAAAAACCCGGUAAAAAUAUGUAAUUUAAUUGUAGGUAUUAUAUUGCUAUGAAGAGCUAAGCAAUGCCAGUAUUUUGGAACUUAUGUUAAUAAAACUUUCUUUAACAAAUGUAGCUUUGAAGCAAAUGUUAUGAUGAGAUAACGGUGCUUCCUCACUGGUUUUAGUCACUGCCAUCCAUUUUUCUAGGUUGUUUGCUUUAAAAGAAAAGGAAUAUUGGUAUCAUUCGUUUCUGCUAUACCUCCUGUUAAUACCUGCAAAUCUAGGAAACGUACAAAAAUUGAAAUGCUCAUGAUGUUUUAUUUUGUGAUAAAACAUCUUAAGCAGAAAGUCUCUGUAGAAAGAGACUUUAUUAUACGGCACAGCUGGUAAUACAAUCCUGAAGCUUCUAACUCAGAGAGAUGCAGGGCUGGGCUUAAUAAGAAACACUUUACAUAUUCAUUUCAUGUACAAACAUCAUAACAAAUUCAAGCCUUUCAUUCGUGCAGGAUCUUUUGCAUAAUGUUGAUUAUCAAACCCCUAGCUGUAUAAUGUUCAUUGUGUAACACCGAAAUAAAUGUCCUAUUUAAGUUUGAUAAAUCCUCGACCCUGUAUCGGU